CCCGGCUGAUGCUGAGAAGAGGAAAAAAGACUCGCAGCUGCUUCUUGGGGGAUAUUUGUAAUGAAACCAAUACACUGCUGCUAUGAAACGCAUGGAUUAUGGAUCUGAUAUGGAUAUUUUGUCAAAUCCUACUUUCUCUAAGUGUUUGCGCCAAUUCAUUGUUGCGUGAUGGCGACGAAGCUUCGUGUGAUGGAGCGUUUGAUAUUUAUUUUGUUUUAGACAGGUCAGGCAGUGUUUUUGGACAUUGGCAUGAGAUCUAUGGAUUCGUGGAGCAGCUCACCAACAGGUUUGUCAGUCCCAGGAUGAGGGUUUCCUACAUCGUCUUUUCAGCCAGAGCAGUUGUAAUACUGCCACUCACUGGAGACAGGUCAAAGAUCGAUGAGGGUUUGGAGAAGCUGAGCCAAAUCAAACCCGCUGGUGAAACGUACAUGCACGAAGGCAUGAAAGCGGCGUCAGAGCAGAUGAAGACGCAAACUUCCCCGUCAUCCACCAUCAUCAUCGUUCUUACUGAUGGCAAGCUGGAGGUCUACCCCUAUGAACUGACUGUACAGGAGGCUGACGAAGCCAGAGGGUUUGGAGCCAGAGUGUACUGUGUCGGGGUCAUGGACUUUGACCACAGACAGCUCGCCGACAUAGCCGACAGCACGGAACAGGUCUUCCCGGUGCUGUCCGGGUUUCAUGCCCUCAAAGACAUCGUCAACUCGAUCCUGAGGCAGACGUGUGCAGACGUCUUCACGAUCGAGCCGUCCAGUGUCUGUGUGAACGAGUCUUUCAGUGUGGUGCUGAGGGGCAGUGGCUUCAGCGGGUCCAGGAGGACGGACAACAUGCUCUGCGUUCUCACAGUCGAUCAAAAGACGUACGACCAGAAGCCAACAGUGGUUCGAGACGGCUAUCUGCUGUGUCCAGCUCCUGUUCUGCAAGAGGCCGGACAAUCAAUCGAAGUGCUGGUGAGCCUGAACAAUGGGCAAUCCUACAUCUCCAGUCCCAUCACCAUCUAUGCCACAACAUGUUCCGAUGGGUUCUGGGUGCUCUGGUUGAUGUUGGCUCUGUUGCUCUUACUGGCUGUGGCUUUAUUCUGGUGGUUCUGGCCUCUCUGCUGCACUGUGGUGAUCAGAGACCCGCCCCCAUCUCGCCCACCACCGCCGCCGCCUCCUGUCAUCGAGCCAGAAGAGCUUUCGCCCAAACACAGGUGGCCGACAGUGGAUGCUUCGUACUACGGAGGCAGAGGAGCUGGAGGAAUCAAACGCAUGGAGGUGCGUUGGGGCCAGAUGGGGUCCACAGAGGAAGGGGCGCGGCUCGAGAAAGCCAAAAACGCUGUGGUCACGAUGCCGGAGGGAGUUGAGGAGCCCAUCAUGCCUCAACCCCGACUACAAGCUCCUCCAGUGCUCAUCCCCCCGUCACAGUCCAAAUGGUACACUCCCAUCAAGGGACGUUAUGAUGCAUUGCGGGCAUUACUGAGGCGGCAGUAUGACAGAGUGGCAAUCAUGAGGCCAACGGCUCAGGACAAGGGCCGCUGUAUCAACUUCACCAGAGUUCAGAGUCACUGAAGUUUAACCAUGAGGGUCAACACUUUUCACUUUAUUACAGUUUUUUGCCAAAGAUGACCGACAAGAGUGACAUACACUCAAAAGAUAUUUGUUCGAAUUUAACUUGUAUUGUAAAUAAAUGUCUUUACUUGUG